GUUUCCCUUUUGACUUCAUGUCACUUCCACAAUUUUCUGGGGAGCAGCUUAUACAGAGAGAGAAGCAGUUAGCUAAUGUUCAAGCUUUGGCUUUGAAAGAAUAUCUGAAAAGGAGAAAGUUGGCAAAGCAGCCUGAAGUACUUUCUGUUGAUGAACUCAAACAUCUAUUGAUGCUCACAAGAGAACGCUUUUUAGAUCGUUUCGAUGCUAUUAGUCCUAAAACUCUAAUAAAGACAGACAAAAUUAACACCCCCAGUAUGUUAAAUGAUACCAGUCCAGUGGAACCUAUUUCUUCAAGUCUGAUGGAAGCCAAUUCCCUGGAAUGGCCCGAAGUGCAUGUUCUUCAAAAUCUGGAAACGUUUGAAAGAGCUAAACAAAAAAUAAGAACUGGUUCGUUAUCUUGCUCAUCUGAACAGUUGCUGGGCCAUAAAGAGGGUGCACGGGAUUCAAUCACGUUAUUAGAUGCUAAAGAAUUGCUGAAAUUCUUUACCUCCGAUGGUUUACCAAUUGGAGAUCUUCAACCGUUACAGAUUCAAAAGGGGGAAAAACCAUUUGUUCUGACACCAGAACUUAGUCCUCGGAAACUGCGGGUUUUACCAUUUGAAAAAGCUUCAGUAUGUCAUUAUCAUGGAAUUGAGUACUGCUUGGAUGACCGGAAGUCUUUAGAAAGAGAUGGGGGAUUUUCUGAACUUCAGUCUCGUCUCAUUCGCUAUGAAACUCAAACCACUUGCACCCGAGACAGUCUCCCAGCAGCUGCUGUGUUGAGCCCUCUGCCAUCUCCUGCAGCUCUGUCAGAGCCAGGAAGUGUCCCUGACGGAGAAGCUUUACAGACCGAACUCCGGCCCGAAGUCUCCCGGUUGAAAAGGAGAUCGAAAGACCUGAAUUGCCUUUAUCCCAAUAAAAGGCUUGUGAAAUCCGAAAGUUCAGAUUCUCUUCUUUCUCAGUCAAGCAGCAGUACUGGUCAGCACCACCAUGCGAUGCCAUCCAGAAAGCAGUGGGCACAGAGAUCAUUAUCUGUGACUUGUCCACCUGUUCCAGCUCGGAGCUGUGAAGCCCCAAAAGUCACUGCAAAGGCCAGUUCAGGUCCAAAAAGGAUGCAUGAAUCAAAACCUGUGAGGCAAAUUAAGGAAUCAAGAUCACAGAAGCAUACACGGAUCUUGAAAGAAGUAGUUGCUGAAACCCUGAGGAAACACGGUAUUGCUGAGGCACACGAGUGUUUUACGGCCUGCAGCCAGCGUCUGUUUGAGAUCUCCAAGUUCUAUCUAAAGGAUCUUAAAACUUCAAGAGGUCUAUUUGAAGAAAUGAAGAAAACAGCAAACAACAAUGUUGCACAGGUGAUUGAAUGGGUAUUAGAAAAGACAAGCAAGAAAUAACACAGGAUCAUUUUCUUUGGACAAUUAUAAAUUGACAGAGCUACUACUACUUACUACUUUCUUCCCUUAGUUUGAACAUUAUAAACAAAUUUCAAAGUUUAUUUAAAGAACAGAUGUUACAUCUCUAAAGAAUUCCAUAAAUACCCCAUAUUUAUGUAGUUUUGAGGAUGCUCAAUGAAUGUAUUUUAAUUGUAUACCUAUUUUAUAGUUUCACUAUAUUUUAAUUUUUAAAGUUAAUAUUUGUAGAUAUGUUUUAAAAUUUUUACUCUUGGUUAUUUAAUUAUUCUAAUAAAUAGAAAAAUGUACUUCUUUAUUUCUUGGUGAAUGUGUUUGUUAGGGCUAUUUAAAUUACUGAGCCUCAAGUGACACAGUGCAAAUGGUUUUUCUCAUGUGUUCCAAGAGCAUAAUUAAUGAAUGGCUCCUGAUUUAGAAAAUGUGUGUGUGGGGGGGGGAAAUUCACACAGGAUGCCGUUUUCCCUUACCACCACCCUAAAACCAUUCCUGUUGGAGUUACUAAUGUUUAUUUGGGAUCAAAAAUGAAGAAUGGGCAGAACUUGUGAAAAUAAGACAUUGCAAAAAUGACUAAGUACAGACUCCCAGAAAAAAAUAUCUUUUCCCCAUUGUAGAAAAUCUAGAAAAUGCAGGAACUACAAAGAAGAGUGAAAAAAUUCCAACAUUCCCCCCCAUUACCUAUAGGAAAUCACUGUUAAUAUAUAUAUUUUUAAAUAUAUGUAAUUAUUUUAAAAAUACUUUCAAAGUUGGGGUUGUGUGUGUAUAUGUAUGUGUUUAUGUGUGUAUUAAUUUAUAACCUGCUUUUCACUUAAUGUGUCAUGAAUUUUAGAUCUUAUAUUAUUAUUUUAAUAACUGCAUAAUACAAAUGAAACAAACUUUGUUUAUUUAAUCCCCCAUUGUUGAUCACAUAGGUUCAGUUUUUUUCCCUAUUAUAAAUA